AUGUUAAAUGAAAGAUGUGGACCUAUUCCUAAGGCUUUUGAUGAUGAUAAAGUUCUGUAUAGAAAAUUGAAUCUGGCCCAAGGUAACAGUCCUCAGGCCGGACUUGAUCUCAAUCUGUACCCAGCCUAUGCAGCCGGAUGGUCGGGUCAAGGUAUCAUAUCCUCCAUUAUUGACGAUGGCCUUGACACGUUGCACGACGAUCUUCGUGGAAACCUGGCAAUCGAAUACUCAGUCAACAUGAACGAGCCCGCCAAGUAUGGUCUCAGUGUCCGCGGACCAGCUGAUAUAAUGCCUCGCGAAGAGGAGUAA